AUGUCCCCAUCCGCUUUUGACCUCAACGCCCAACGGCGAGAUCUGGUCGACCAAAUCAUACAAGAUCUGCACCAGAGAUUCGUGCGCCCAGAUGAUAACCCCAAGCGCUUCAUCUGUCAGAAAGACCUCAUUGAGGUGUGGAAAUAUGAAUCCCGACUAUUUGAUUUGCUUGGGCCUCGUCCUAUAUUUCUGGGUGACAUAAGGAGCGCGCAGAAAGACUUCGUCGCCAUACUGUCUAUACUGGUUUGGAUCGGGGCGACUGCAACGUUAGGAAUGUUCUGCGAAAUCCUCCACACCAGCGGAAUCAGCGAUGCAAACCUCCCGUUGCAAGAAGAGGACAUACGGAAUCUCCUCUCAACGGAACGAUGGCUCACCAACCUCUUUAUGGACUACCAAUGCACGUUCUGUCCGGCUGUGAUUGACUGUAAUCCAAACCGGCCUGUACAAGUAAUCGCUGAAUCUCAUCGCUUGCCUUUCCUGUCAAAGCCCAAGUGGAUUGGGUCCGGAGGAUAUGCCUCUGUGGAUCUUGUGGAGAUUGCGCCGCGUUACCUGAAAACAAAACAAGGUGCCUUUUUCGAGAACCCCUACAAGGUGGCUUGCAAGAGGUUCGAAGGCAGCAUACAGCUACAGGAUUUCCACACUGAACUAGCAAAUCUCCAGAACUUCAAGAAUAGUCUCACGAGUCAGGCACACAUCUUACAGCAUCUCACCACCGUUGCACAUGGAUCCGAUUACUACAUACUGUUUGAUUACGCCCAGCAUGGUGAUUUAUUCCAGUUCCUGUCAGAUGGUGCUGGCAAGUAUGACUUUCGGGAAGAGUUUCCAGGUGUCACGUCUCUAGAAACAUUGAAGACCCACGAAGCGCUUCUAUACCAAUGUUGGGCUUUAACGUCGGCUCUAGACUGGUUGCACAAUCAUAUCACAAUCAAGACCAAGAUAAUCAGGUGCGCUCACAUGGAUCUCAAGCCUGAUAACAUCCUGAUCAUGAAUGAUGCCGAGUCUAUCGUGGGGAAAUGGAUGAUUUCAGAUUUCGGAAUCUCAGUCACACAAAAUGACCGCCGCACGCAUGCCCUGAGUAUCAGAGAUCUUUAUCAUGAGGUUACUAUCAAUAAACCAGCAUUCCGUGAUCUUGGCACAUACCAGCCCCCCGAGGGAAUUCGUGUAGAAGGCCACGGAACCGAUAUUGAGGGGGCAGGACGUCGCAGCGAUGUAUGGUCUUUCGGGUGUGUUUUCUCUGAGGUUCUUGCAUGGGCGAUAGGCAGGGAGGAAGAGGUUCUGAACUUUGCAGAGAAACGCAAAGUCCCAGGCCAGAAUGAUUCAUUUUGGGAAGAGUUUACGCCGAACAGUCUACCUCCAGGUGAGAAAAAGUUCAGACUACGCGGGUCAGUGACCACGUGGUUAAACAGUAUCCGGUUUCAGAGGCCUCUCACAAACCCCGUAUUGACGGUUUGGGCACAGAAGGUUCAAGAGAAGAUUCUGAUUGUGGAAAAGAACGACAGGCCAGAGGCAGAAACGCUAUCAGUGAUUGUGAGGGGUCUAUACGAAGAAUGCGUUAAGCUCACACGGCCUGAUACGCAGCCUAGGCCUCACACACAACUUGGGCUCAACAUACAACGCGGCUUUGACAGACACAUCGGGCCUGACACACAAUUUGCACCUGACGCGCGACCAGCCUCCGAAUUACAAGCAGCCUUGGGUACACAGUCAGUGCCUUGUGAGCAGAUCCAACCACCAUCACCAGGACGGAACGCUCCAGAGGUGGUGGAGACCCCCGGGCCUGUUCUCCCUUCACCUAUUCAAAAACACAACAGCAAAGACAUUCUCGCGUCUGCUGUAUCUCGGUCUAUAAUACAAGAUAAGGUGCCUGUCGCAUUGCUUUACAAGGAGCGAAUUGAUCUGAUACAAAUCAACAUUUCUGAUGAUAUGUCAAGACACGUACGAAGCAUUUUACUUGCGAAUAGAUGGGGGAGUGGAAAUGCGGGCGUGGUAAUUGAAGGCCAUUAUUUUGCAGCCUGGGGAGACUGCAAGAAGAAACUGAGAAGGACUGCUUACAUUGGGGAUGCAACGGCAGGCGACCCUAGACCGAUGCUACCGGUGAAUGUGGACUUUAUCAGUUCUGUCGCAGUAUCACCCCGUGGAAUAUUCGCUUUGGUCCGUGACAGGGAGAUUAUACUGCAAUCAGGAAGCCCUGACUACAGUACCAAAUACUUAACGACCGGCUUAGAGCUAGAUCAAACCUUCACCCACGCAGUGUUCAAUGUUAAGGGGGACAUGUUGUUUGCGUGGGCAGUUUAUGGCAAACAAGAGUCCUUGUACGCGUGGAAAGUCGACGACAAUACAAACCCAGGUCCUCAUCAUGUUAUUCAUUACAGUCUGGCGCGUGACUACCAGCCCACUACUAUCAUUCCCUACAACACCCGUCCCGGGUGUAUUCUUGCAAGCCAAAAGCGACAAGGAUACCUCGCAGUCUCUUUGGGCGGGAAUGAUGCAAGCCUGCCAGGCAUCGAGCGCGUCAAUGAGCAUAUUGAUAUAAGCCUGGGUUGUGUACUAGGCGACGAGUGGCUGCUUGGACUUACAAGAACAAGGCCCUUACACUCAAAUGUGCAUCUGGAGAGAUACACAAUUCUUCAUGCCAAUGGUGAGGAUCGCUUGAACCACCCAAGCAGACGUUUAUAUGAAUUGCCCAAGAAAUACGGACAGCCGUGGUCAAUGCAGGCAUACAGAAAGGGGGAGUGUAUUGUGGUUGUGGUGCUUACCGAGCACAACACAUGCAUAAUUACGACUAACAAUACACUGUAA